GAGGCAGAGAUGGUCUUGUUAGGCAUUGUCAUGUCCAUUCUGGUCCUGGCCAUUGUCUUUGGAAACAUUCUGGUGAUUACAGCCAUUGCACGGUUCCAGCGGCUACAGAACGUGACCAACUGCUUCAUUACUUCACUGGCCUGUGCUGAUCUGGUUAUGGGACUGGUGGUGGUACCAUUUGGUGCCAGUUAUAUCAUCUUUAACACCUGGCAUUUUGGCAAUUUCUGGUGUGAGUUUUGGACGGCCACGGACGUGCUGUGUGUAACAGCCAGCAUCGAGACACUCUGUGUCAUCGCCUUGGACCGCUAUCUAGCUAUCACCUCACCCUUUCGUUAUCAGUCCAUGCUGACCAAGUGCAAGGCCCGCAUUGUGGUACUGUUGGUAUGGAUCAUCGCGGCCCUCAUCUCGUUCCUGCCCAUCCACAUGAAGUGGUGGAUUUCUAAUGAAGACAAGGCACGGGAGUGCAUGAACAACACCUCCUGCUGCGAGUUCGAUACCAACGCUGCGUACGCCAUCACCUCCUCCAUCGUCUCCUUUUACAUCCCUCUGGUGGUGAUGGUAUUCGUCUAUAGCCGUGUCUUCCAGGAGGCCAGGAAACAGCUGAAGAAGAUUGACAAGAGCGAAGGACGUUUUCAUGUCAAUAACAACGCUGGAAAUCAGGAGGGUAACAGUAGCAGUGGUGGACAAGGAAACCACUGCGAGGUAAGGAUUGUUAAGAAGACGAAGUUCUGCCUUAAAGAGCACAAAGCUUUGAAGACUCUGGGCAUCAUUAUGGGAAUCUUCACUUUGUGUUGGUUGCCAUUCUUUGUGUUAAACAUAGUGGUGGCAAUCAGGAGGGUGGACGACUUAAAGCUAACUUUUAGGAUCUUAAACUGGAUAGGUUACGCUAACUCAGCCUUUAAUCCACUCAUCUACUGCAGAAGUCCAGAGUUUAGAUAUGCUUUCAAAGAGAUUCUGUGCCUCAACAGAUCACGUUAUCCCCACAUAGGGCCUUCUAAUGGAUUUUAUAGUGGACAUAGCUGGCAGAGCGAACACCAACGAAGGAGCAAGUGCAGCUCGGAGGACAGCGAUCCGGCAGAAGGGAGCUCGGAGAAAAGUGAGUUUUGCGGGUCUGUGGACAGGACUGACUCGAAUGGAAACUGUAAUAAAAACUAA